UCCCCAUCCAGCAUUCAGCAGUCUUUUAGUUAUCUGACCACUUCUCUCCUUCCAAUCAUUUGUAUUGUAUAAUAUAUCCCUGCCGGCCAGGACUUACCUUCUCUCACAUCACAAUGUCUUCCAUCAAGAGCAUCUUCGCCAUCGGCCUUUUGGCCACUGCCGACAUUGUUGCCGGCCACGCUGCCAUCAUCGGCGCCACUGGUGAUGCCGGUGGACAGGGCAUGGCCCUUGGAAUCGACUCCAGCACCCCCCGUGAUGGAACACGUCGUGAUCCCUUCCAGGCUGACAGCACUCGCUUCAAGGGCGAGGCUGCGGAUACCUUCGGCGAGACUGUCGGAGCCGGCACCAACAACCUUGAGACCGGUACUAAGGCCAUGAUGGCCGAGACCGGCACCAUGCUUCCCCAGAUCUCCGCCGGCGGUUCCGUCGACAUGACCCUGCACCAGGUCAACGGUGACGGUGGUGGCCCCUACGACUGCAUGAUCAACGCCGAUGCUACCGGAGCGUCGUGGACCAACAUCAACGUCGUCACCACUCCCCCGGGCCAGAACUCCCGCAACCGUGACGGAGCCAUGACCGACUUCCCUCUCAAGGCUGCUAUCCCCGCCGACCAGACUUGCACUGGUACCGUCGCUGGCCAGAGCAAUGUCUGCUUGGUCCGUUGCCAGAACGCUGCCCGCGCCGGCCCCUUCGGCGGUAUCGUUCCUGUCCAGAUGGCUGGCACCACCACGCCCGCCGCUGCCCGCCGCAACUUGAUGCUCGCCGUCAAGCGCUCCGAUGAGCUCCUCAACAAGAUGAUCAAGCGUGCUCAGACCCCCUCGGCCGCACCCGAGGACGACGCCGCCUACCUGGCUGAGCUUCGCGCCGACGGCGAGGAGAUCUAAACGCCUAUGUUUUCUGAGAGAGUUUGGGAUUACCAUGAGGGUCAAAAGAGAGAUCCGUGGAGGCAGGAUGGGUAGGCGAUGAAGAGAGGCUGUUAACUGAUGCUGAUGCUGAUGCCUUUCACUUGUAUCUGAGGUGCCUGACUGUGUCUUGACACCCAUAGUACACAAUUACAUUCUCUGGCUGCUGAUCACUAUGGUCCACUUUGAUGUAAAUUUGUUUAACUGAUGUGAAGGUGUUUGUGUCGGUGUUGAGAUCCUUGUUCAUUUAUAAAAAGAUGUGCCAAGCAAGAGAAUAUUGUGUGCGGCCGAGAUUGAGAAUGAGAGUUUACGUGCGAAAAAGAUUCACUUGCCACAUGUACUGAGGUAUUACCAAGUGGGAGAGAUACUUAAAGAGAAAUACAACAACAUUGCUGUAGAAAAUCGAUGGAGAGCUCAG